AUGGGAAAGGGAGUCGACAAGCUGUCUGAGCGAGUUCUAGGUCAGAUUCUUUCCCGAGUGGCCAUGGAGAGAAGAAAAGGAUGUUGCAAAAAACGAUUCCCUCCGCCGCCACCAAGACGGGAUGUGGUUAUCAGAAGCACUGAUAUGUGUGCAGAAAUGCAAGAAGAAGUCGUUUCAAUUGUUUGCCGUGCACACGAGAAGUUUCGCGUUGAAAAGGACAUAGCAGCGUACAUCAAGCAGGAGAUGGACAGGAAGUACCACCAUUCAUGGCAAUGUGUUGUUGGCAGAAAUUUCGGCUCUUAUGUGACCCAUGAGACAAAUCAUUUCAUGUAUCUUUACGUGAGAAAUACGGCAGUAAUGGUCUUCAAAACUGGCUGUUGA